UUGUGGGUCUUUUUCGCAGGUUCUGGGAUGAAGGGGCCUUCAACAAAAUAUGGAAAAAAAAAUUCUGUUAUGGAUGAAAAUCGACGCAAUACAUAUAAGCAACCCCAACUGUCGGCCUGUGUGUAUGAGCCACCAGUCUUGACUGCAUUAGAUGGGGAGAGGAAGCAGCUGGUGCCAGUGGGUCUUCACAUGGAGCAUGUAUAUGCACGGAGCUUGGCUCGAUUUGCUGCAACCCUUGGCCCCAUAGGUUGGGAAAUUGCUGCCAAACAGAUUCAAAGAGCAGUGCCUCCUGGUACAAGGUUUGGCCCUGGAUGGAUUGGCGAAAGCGAUGUGCCACACCGAUCUAAGCCAUUCCUUUGUACAUCUCCCCUUUCUGCAUCCCAACCAAAGAUUUCAUCCUCCCCCGCAAGAGUAUCAACAUCUGAGCCAUCCUGGAAUAAAUUGGCUAUCACGGAAGGCCAGGUUGUCAUAAAUCCUCCAUCACAGGCUCUGGCAUCUGCUUUACCAAGCAGACCCACCAACUCCACAGAUGGACCAGGUCCUGCUGCAGUAGUUAACCAUGGAAGCCUGGGGAAUGGUGGUGGUGUUAUUCAGCCCAAGAAUCCCUUCUUGCUUCAUCAGAAUCCAGCAAUUCAACCUACUGCGAAUGGUUUCAAUACUUCUAUGGUGUUUAAUCUGCCUUCUCAGUCCGGAAAGAUGAUUAGACCAUCCAGGCUGCCUGGGAGCUCUUCUGCAGAGACUAUGAAUACAAAUGCUGGUGCUUUUGACACAGUUUCUAGGAGCAACAGCAGUUGCAUCAACCUGGCACCUUUGAACCCAUCAAAUGCGGACAAAGCAGUUGUCGGUAAUCCAAGUUCGUUGUCAAAUUCUAGCAGUCACUUGCUGGAUUCUGGUCAGGGUUCUCAAAGGCUAUGGCAGGGCUAUUUGUUGAAUGCGAAGCCUGGUUCUGUUCCCCCUGAUCUAAAUGUUGGGUUCCAGUCACCAGGGUCACCAGUUUCAGGUGUUCUGGUAGAUUCGCAGCAGCCUGAUUUAGCAUUGCAGCUGUGAAGAUUAACAUAAUCCAUUCCCAGUUUGGUGUGGGGAGAGGAGGAGAGAUUGAGAGAGUGGAAUUUUCGUGGUCUUGAAUUAGCUAGGUGAUGUGAAAGUGGAUGGUGAGGGAUACAGGGGAUGGAGGUGAUAUUCUCAACAAUUAUUCAUACCAGCAUUGUGUUGUAAAAGUUCUGAGGGUAUUUGUACAGAUUAAUUAAUAUUGAAAUUAAUUCUAGACUUACCAAAAAGUAGUUCUUCAGAUAAA